CAUUUCCGCCAGGCGGAGGACAGCAGCAGUAAGAACUGCAGAAGUUGGAGGAAAAUCCAAAAACUGCCAGACUGGUUGAUUCUGACUUUUGUUUGGUUUUGUUUGGAUUCAAAGGAAACUUUAUUUGUCCGGAUUAGCAAAGCGUACCUGCAUUUCCAUAACGUACACAGUCCUAACGUCUGGUGGUUUGAAAGCUUUGGACGAGAACUGAAUCACUGACGGCUGUUGCACGUUUCCCCUCCGCCACUAGGGGCGCUCCAGAGGCCUGAUGCUCCCAGGUCCACAAUAAGUGUUUUUGUGAAGAUGGGCGUGUGGGACCCAUUAUAGUACACAGAGGGAGCAUAGCAUGGGAGUGUAAAUGACGUGGCAUCAAGUAAACCCUGCAGUACAUUAAUAAUAAUAAUAAUAAUACAUCGGAUUAUCAAUACAUUCGAUUAUCGAGUCAAAUGGGCAAAGUGAUGAUAUCGGCCGACACAAAAUAACCUUUAAAAGGAAAGUCAACAAACUUAGCUGCAUGGAAUCCUGCCGGGUUUCUAACGCUUCCCACGAAUGAACUCAUCGAAGUCUUCAUGUCAUCCAUUUGUCACGCUUGAGGGGAAAAUAAUAAUUAGCAGAUAAUUAGCAACACCGAAGUCAUUAUAAACAAGAAUAUUGUCGCUUUACCCGCCGUUGGCAUUUGUUUACAUUGUAUUCCAUUGGUCGAUUUGGGGAGCGGAAGUAAAUGCGCAUACCGGGAAUGAUUGGGCGGAAGUGGCGUGACGUCACAGCGGAACACGUCUAUUUGCGACAUGGCCUUAGCCGGGUAGCUAAAGUGGGUACCGUAACCACUCGGGUUUUUUAGAUGAAUGCUAACCAAUUUAUUCUCAUCCUAGCGCACAUUACGAUGUUGUUGAUUCAACGGACACCGAAGCAACUCUUUCAGCUAGCCUAGCUUCGCUUGCUAGCUGCUAACAAGUUAGCAACACGCGCUAAGUGGGAUCGUGUGAAAAUGUGUCAAGUCCAAAUGCUGAGAGCGUUGGUGAAUCAGCGACUAACUGCGGCUGUUGAAGAAAUAUUUGUAGUGUUGGAAAGAACCAUAGCAGAGUACGAGGAGGAACUUUCUCGAACAAAAGAGGAGAACGAGCGACAACGUCAACUACUGGACGCCGUUUUCAGGAAGCAGGAAGUUGUGUUGCACAGAGCAGACGUCAGCGAGGAAGACCUUCACCCUGUGCAGCAGGAGUGGAACCUCAGCGUGGAGCAGGAGCCCCCCCGGCCCCCCCUCAUUCAAGUGAAAGAGGAGGGAGAGCAUCCGGAAGGACCGGAGGAGUUCCCAGCGGUCGGUGUCCCUGUGAAGAGUGAAGAUGAUGAGGAUGAAGGUGAGGAGAAGAGAGAGGCGGAGCCUCCAACAGAAGCUGAUGGAGACCACUGUGGAGGAUCACCAGCAGACAAGCUCUUAGCUCCACUAUCAGAUAGUGAGCACACGACGUCACACUCUCCUGACACUGAUGAUGAUGAUGAUGAAGACUCUACAGCUGACAUGACAUGUCACCCUGGAGAGAAACCACCGGUCUGCUUAGUUUGUGGAAAAACCUUCCGUCAUCGGGACAAUCUGAAAAGGCACGCACGAAUCCACGCCGGCGAACGAGCCUACUCCUGCUCGUUCUGCCACGCCGUCUUCAGCGUUCGCUCGGGGUUGAUGCAGCACCUGAGAACGCACACCGGCGAGAGGCCGUUCACGUGUUCGCUUUGCGGCGAACGAUUCUCACACAGGGGACAUUUGAAGAGACACGAAAGAACGCACACCGGCGAGAAACCUUUCCCGUGUUCGCUUUGUGGUCUGAAAUUCUCUCGAAAAACCCACCUGACGACGCACAUGAGGACGCACACUGGCGAGAAACCAUAUCCCUGCUCCUUUUGCGGCAAAAGAUUCUCACUCAAGGGGAAUUUGACGUCGCACGAAAGGCGGCACACCGGCGAGAAAGUGUUCAGCUGCAGCGUUUGCGAUGAAAGGUUCUCCUACAAGUACCAGGUCAGCGGCCACAAGUGUUCCGCUUAGGACAGCAGACCCAGGAACCAUGGAGGAGAAACCAUGGAGGGGAAACCAUGAAGGAGAAACCAUGGAGGAGAAACCAUGGAGGGGAAACCAUGGCGGGGAAACCAUUGUGGAGCAACCAUGGCGGGGCAAGGAGUCGCCGAAAGCACUCCACUCAAACGCUGGCAGUGACUCACCACUGUUUCUCUCAUGGCCCCCCAAGGGACAGAAAUGGUGUCCUGAUCUUCUGCCUUUCGUCAUUGGGACUUUAUUCCCGUCAUAUUUUCACGUUACAACCUAAUUUUCCUACUUCUAUUCCAUGUAAUUAUUCUAGCUCAUUGCAAAGGAGGCUAUUUUUCCUCAUGUGGAUGUGGAACGUCAUGACGUCAAAGAUUUUCUCGUCAU